UUCCUUCGCCCGGUAUAUAUGACCAUGCAGUCACUCCUGUAGCCUUCCGGCCCCCAACGUUCCUUACAUCCACCAUCGCUCCCUCGGACUCGACGCUCCUUUCUUUCCCUCGGCUUUUGCGCUCCCGUAGCAGUCGCACACCCCACGACACACCCCUGCCGCCGCUCGCGACCAUGGCACGUCACCAGAAGCGCGCAAAUGGCGACCUCGCGAAUGGCGCCGCCAAGGCAAACGGCGCUGCGAAGGCGCCCGCAGCACCAGCCCCUGCGCAGAAGCAGGCCGGUCUCGCCGAGCUGGUCGUCUGCGUCGGAGGUAUAUACGCAUCCUUUCUUUCUUGGGCGCUUCUGCAGGAGCGCAUCACGACGACGCGAUACGGCCCUCCCGCAUCGCCUGAAACCUUCACCUACUCCAUCUUCCUCAAUACGAUACAGUCGGCUUUUGCUGCCCUGACGGGCUACGCAUACCUGCGUCUGUCGGCGCCGCGGGGCCUGCCCGUCCCCGCCAUCUUCCCCUCGGCGCGCAUCCUAUUCCCGUUGGGCCUGGUGGCCGUGACUUCGAGUCUGGCCAGCCCGUUCGGCUACGCCAGUCUCAAGUACAUCGACUACAUGACUUUCAUCCUGGCCAAGAGCUGCAAGCUACUCCCCGUCAUGUUCCUGCAUUUGACCGUGUUCCGCAAGCGUUACCCAUUGUACAAGUACGCCGUGGUGGCGUUGGUGACGCUCGGCGUUGCCGUCUUCACGCUGCAUCACCCCUCGACGGCCAAGAAGAGUGGCAAGCAUGUCGCCGGCGGCAAUACGACGUGGGGCCUCGUCUUGCUCGGAAUCAACCUGCUCUUCGACGGCCUCACCAACUCCACCCAGGACCACAUUUUUACGGCCUUUAAGCCUUUUACUGGCCCUCAGAUGAUGUGCGCCCAGAACAUCAUGUCCACCCUGCUGACGACCUCGUAUCUGCUCGUCCAACCAUUUAUCGCGCAGACGGCGGUCGGUGCCUGGCUCGGAAUGCCCGCUGACAGUGGCGAGCUGAACGAGGCUCUCGCCUUUGUUACGCGCUACCCGCAGGUCGGCUGGGACGUACUGUCAUUCGCGGCGUGCGGCGCCGUGGGUCAAGUCUUUAUCUUCUACACUCUUGCACACUUCUCUUCGCUUCUGCUUGUCACGGUGACAGUGACGCGCAAGAUGCUGACGAUGGUGCUGUCGGUUCUGUGGUUCGGCCACAGCAUCCGUGGCAUGCAGUGGCUGGGCGUUGGCCUUGUUUUCGGCGGCAUUGGCGCUGAGGGUCUUAUUUCACGCCGCGAGAAGAAGGCCAAGGAGAAUUCUAAGGCCGCCGCUGCUGCAGAGCCGAAGAAGGAGUUGUAAGUGUUUUGUGGUGAUUGGCGAAUUAGACUUGGACGGAAGAUAUACGUGCAUGGCGCGGCGUUUACAUGGGUUGCGUGGCAAUCGUUUGUUUGUUAUAUGCGCAACUUGGUGCAUUGAACGAAGCAAGCAUAGCACGCAUAGCUAGAUAUGGUUUACUACACAAGAUGCUCUGGUUUACUACUUUUCGUACAUUAGGUGUC